CUGCACGAGUGCUUGUCGCGCCUGUCCCGAACUAAAUCACACACUAAGAAUAUCAGACGGGAGCUCGAUCGCUCGCAUUUAAAGGUGUUGCUUGAGCCAAUUCGUGUCGCAGUCCCUUCAUACCUACGGCGGAGUUCCUUUGUAUACUUCGUUACCCUGCUGUACCUGCGGUUCACCCUCCAUAUGGCUCUCCACAUGCUGUUCCUCCUGUGCGUGCUGCCGGCACUGGGCACGGCAGCCACCGUCCAGACCGGCAACGAAGAUAGUCGUUUCGCCCUGCCGGAGGAUCUGCUUCUAGGCGCCGGAGUGGCCGCGGUACAGACCGAAGGCGCUUGGAAUGAAGGAGGGAAAGCCGAGAGCAUGGUGGACUUCGCCAUCCAUUCCGGCAGGCUCGGGCCAAUGGGCUUCAACCACACCAACCUUCACGAUAGAGCGGCGGACUCGUAUCAUCGCUUCCAAGAAGACGUGAAGGUCGCUGCGGACCUUAAGCUUCAGUUGUACCGGAUGUCAAUAGCCUGGUCCCGGAUAAUGCCGGAUGCAAACACUUCGAAUCCAAAUAUAGAAGCAGUUGCGUAUUACCACAGUUUCAUCGACGAGAUCCUCAAAUACAACAUGAUCCCCGUGGUAACAAUGUAUCAUUUUGACCAUCCUCAAAUCCUGGAGGACGAAUUCAAUGGCUGGAUGGACAAAAGAAUGGUAGCGAAAUUUGAGGAAUACGUUAAAUUUCUACUAAAGGAGUACGGAUCAAAGGUCAAUCUGUGGACCUCUGUCAACGAGCCAAACGUGUACUGUUCCUACUGGAACACGAUGAUCGCCCUCGCCCGAGGCAGAACCAUGGAUUCUAUCAGCGAUUUGAACCUCUACCCGUGCCUGCACAACUUCCUCUUGGGACACGGUGUGGCGAACAAAGCUUUUCGGGAGGGAAAUUACCAAGGCAAGAUUGGCUUCACUGUGACGACUCUAUUGUCCGUCCCGGCCUCCAGUGCUGCUGAGGAUGUUUACGCUUCUGAGGCCUACAAUCAAAUGUUUGCCGGCAUGCUGCUGAAUCCGUUGGUGAAUGGUGACUACCCGCAGUUGGUCAAGAACAUUGUGGGAGACAAGCUGCCCAAGUUCAGCGAAGAUGAGAAAGCCAUGCUCAAGAAUUCUACGGACUACAUCGGUCUCAACGUGUAUUACGGCAUGGUAGUCUCGUACAAGGACCCAGCGACACCGCGCCGCCCCGUCGACGUACCCCUAAGACAACUUUUCAAGGAGGCCAACUUUAUGAACGUUGGCUAUCGCUCUCCAACUGGAGAGAGCCUUGAUCAAUUCCCAUCAACUAUGAUUGCUCCCGAGGCAAUGCGCAGCGCGCUGCUGUGGACGUGGUUCUCGUACAAUGUGCCCAUCAUGAUAACCGAGAACGGCAUUGGGUUUCCCGGCGUGCACGACCACCUCAGAGCAGUUUAUCACAGCGCUUUCAUGCGGUCCAUGGUUUCCACCAUUCACGAGUUCGGUACGAAGAUCAUUGGCUACUGUGCAUGGAGCCUCAUCGACAGCUACGAGUGGAGCAAGGGCUUCAGUAUUCCUUACGGCCUGGUCCACGUCGACUACGAAAACGGCACUUUAAAGAGAACGCUCAAGGACUCGUCCUCAUUCUGGCUGGAGAUGGCUGAGCGUCGAGUGGUGCCACUGGUGGAGCCAGAGUCAUCCUCGUCCGCUGGGGUGCACUUCACGCCGGCUGCCCUCGCACUGGCGGUCUUGGCCAGUCUGUUCAACGCCGCCUGAAGAACCCGAAGGCACCUCCCUGUGGAACUCCGAUAGGCGACAGCGCCUCGAAUAAAAAAGCCCGGGACGACGUCACACUCUACAAAAAAUGUUCUGUCAACGCCGUUAAUUUAUUACCAAUGUUUGCUGAUGCAAUUCACGGCGUUUGCUGUGAACUAGUUCACGGCGUUCACUGUGAUCUCGGUUACAGUGUUCACUGUGAUCUCGGUUACAGUGUUCACUGUGAUCUGGCCACAGUAAACGCCGUGAAUUCGAGACUGAUUUGCAGCACGUCGGUCGACGUCGGUGCUGAGCGGCGUCAAACUCACAGUGUUUACUGUGAACCAGAUCACAGUAAACACCGUGAACAAGAUCACAGUGAAUCACGUGAGCAGAUCACAGUAAACGC